AUGUCGGAAUAUAAAGGUUAUUCAAACGAUAAAAAAAAUCAACAUAAUUCUUACCAUAAAAUUAAUGUUGGCGAUAAGGGAAAAGAAGUAUUACAAGGUAUAAAUGAAAACAGUCACAUUAUUAAACAGUUUAAAAAAUAUGCUAUUGAAUUGGAUACCAAACAUGAUCGAUAUGAAAGAAUAGUUAAAAUUAACCGUGAUAUUACAAUUGAAAGUAAACGAAUAAUUUUUCUGCUACAUACUCUUGAUAAGGAAAGCAAAAGAAAUACUAUUUUGGAAGAAGCUGAAACAAGAAUAAAUAAUCUUAUUAAGAUAUUGUUUAAAAAUAUUGCAUUGGAAUUAUAUGGUCAUGAUCCAUAUUUAUAUUUAAAAGCAUACAGAACAGGCUUUCAAGAAUUUAUUGAAGCUAUUUCAUUUUAUUGGUAUUUACAAAAUAAUACAUUAUUUAACUGGACAAAAUUAGCAGAAUCAAUGAGAUAUAGAAUAAAGGAUUUGAAUGAAAAUGAGCAAUAUUCUGUAGAAGAAAAGACAAUUCAGACUUUAAUUGCACCUGUUGAAUAUAUAUUAGGAAUAGCUGAUCUUACUGGAGAAUUAAUGCGAAAAUGCAUUAAUAAUUUAAGUAAUGGUGAUAUUUCAAGCUGUUAUCAAAUAUGUAAUUUUGUUAGAAAUAUGUACAAAGGAUUUUUAAGUUGUGCUGGUAUUACUACAGCAGAAGUGAAUAAAAAAAUGUAUGUUUUAAAACAAAAUUUAUUAAAAAUGGAGAAUGUAUGUUAUACAAUUAAAGUUCGAGGUUCUGAAAUUCCUAAGCAUAUGUUAGCUGAUGUAGCUAUUGUUGCUACAGAAGAUAUGACUUUAGACAUUGAUGAAGGAUACCGUGUAUAUUAAUAAUUCAAAUUCUGCUGAUCCCUAACUUUCACCACCAGUCAAUGUUAGUUCAUAUUCUGAUUCAUCAACUGAUUCUUCUUCAGAUAAUUCUGAAUCUGAAAAAACUUCUAAAGAAACCAGUUUAAAAAUUGUUUGAGUUGGCUUACUCUUAUCACGUGUAUGUUUAUAUUUUAUUUUAAGUUCCAAGUUCUUACGAUAACAUUUUAUUCCAUAUACACAUUCUGUUUUAAUAUCGGGUAGUUCAUACUCAGUAUCACUAGGAUGACUGUAAAUUGCCUUAUGUUCAGCAUUUAACCUAUAAUAUAAUUUAAAAUUUUUUCAUAAAUUUGUUACUUUCUUAUGAGCUACUAUACAAUUUAAAGUGAAAAACUAUUGUAAACAAACUUUUUUUUUUUUAAUAAAAAGCAUA